UGUUGAUGAAGAUAUGUUUAAUACAGACAACUUGGGUAUGCUCAAUGCUUGGUCUCAUAAGUAUACCACAUGUAAAUGCAAUCAGGUGGGUACUGGCGGCGUCACAAAUGAAAUCGACUGUUCACCAUAUAACGAACCAGUUACAUGUAAUGAGGAUGAAGGUUUUAGAAAAGUUCACAAGAAACGCUGUAUUUCACCAGUCCGUAAGAAGAGAUCGAUACCCACAAUAAUAUACCACCCCGAGAAUCAUAGACGAAUUAAAAGGGAUGUAAGUUGGAAGAAUGGAUGGACCAAUGAGUCUGCUAUGGACUAUUGUGAUAAGCUCUUUAACUCUUCAAAUUUGGUUAAUCUGUGUAAAGAGGUUCCUGGUGUCGAUGCUUCAUCCCCAAUGGCAAGUUGUGUUAGUGAUAUUCGGCUAAGUGGAACUUCAAAUUUUUCUUUGGCUGCUAUCAACUCUAUAAGAAGUCAGUGUUUACGUGAGGCUAGAAUGAAUGUUACUCUUCGGCAGGAAACUAGUCCAGACAAACCUUCAGUGUUAGAAAUGGUCAAAGCUGUAGCUUGUCCUGCAGAGUGUUCAGAUAGAGGUGUCUGUGUUAAUGGUAUCUGUGAUUGUAAUGAUGGUUAUUCAGGACCAGAUUGUUCUGUUGAUCUAACUCAACCACCUCUGGCCGAUAGUCUGGAAGCGAACGGGUAUUGUGAUCGCAAAGAUGACAGUUGUGAAGAGAUUGCAGUAUUUGGUGGACCUUUUGUAGAAUCUGACAAAUUUAAAUGCCGACUGAUGCCGCUCGAGUCAAACGCAGAAGCAGAGAUAACAAAUGCUCCAGUUGUUGAAAGUAUUGGAGAAGUGACGUGUCCACUACCUGUUAAUAGCCAAAAACGAUCAACAACUGUUCCCGUUGUAGAUGCAACAGUACAAAGCUACAGGGUAGCUGUGUCCAAUGAUGGAGAAAUCUUCAGUCGACAUUUAACAGUGGUUGUCAUGCAUUCUGAUUGCAUGAACUGCACAAUUGAUGGCGAGACUGCGACAUGUAGGAUGUUUGACGAUUAUUGUUAUACAGAGGAACGCUGUUAUAGAACGGGUGAAAGGUAUAUAAAUAAUGAUGACUAUCAAUGUACCAAAGGACAGUGGCAACUCACAAAAUCAACACCAGAUGAUAACGUGGCAGCUAUUGUUGGUGGAGUUUUGGGUACAGCUGUAAUGAUCAGUAUUGUAAUUAUCAUUCUAAUAGUGAUAUACAGGAACAGUUGCAAACGAUCCACGGCUCCCGCUGUACAGAACGACCAAGAUUAUGAACAUAUAUAUGAUUCAACUAUUAAUGACACAUUAAACACAAGAGACCAAACUGGUUAUUAUAAUAUGGGUAACACCAACACCACUGGUACACGAAAACAAGAUAGCUGAAUGCCUGUUCUUUUUUUUAAAAAAGAAAGUGGAUUCGAGGUAGCUUGAGGGUUGUACUGGCAAUUUAAGUAUUAGGAGCAUAAACAAAAUGUUUUACAAAUAUGUUAUUAUAUUAUGUAGUAGUUGUGGGUAGCCAUGGCGACAUAACUUUACCUGGUGAUGUCCGUGUUCUAUAAAUAAUAUUAUACUGUUAUAUUGUUCACCUUUUAUAAAUACAAAUUAUUCAACCAAAACGAUGUGUUAAUCCUUUAAACAAUGGAGUUAAUUACAAUUGUUUUAUUAAUAGGAUUAACCAGUUUCAAGUAUAGAGUAUACCUGUAGUAGGUAGCAACCCGGGAAGGUUGUUAAUGAGUUGGUAACAAGGAUGUAUAGUUUUAACUUGGCAACGUGGGAUAUAUAAAUCCAAGAAACUUAUCUACUAG